AUGUCUGCAGAUUUCGGUUUGGUCGGUUUGGCCGUUAUGGGUCAAAACUUGAUCUUGAACGUUGUUGACCAUGGUUUCAGUGCUGUUGUCUACAACAGAACCACUUCAAGAGUUGACGAAUUCUUGGCUAACGAAGCCAAGGGUAAGAACAUCCAAGGUGCACACUCUAUCAAGGAGUUUGUUGACAAGCUAAAGAGACCUAGAAAGUUGAUGCUUUUGGUCAAGGCUGGUAAACCAGUUGAUUAUUUAAUUGGCGAUUUGUUGCCAUACUUGGAAGAGGGUGAUAUUAUCAUUGACGGUGGUAACUCUCACUUCCCAGACACUAACAGACGUUACGAGGAAUUGAAACAAAAGGGAAUUCACUUUGUUGGUUCAGGUGUUUCCGGUGGUGAAGAUGGUGCCCGUUGGGGUCCAUCUCUAAUGCCAGGUGGUGACGAAGCCGCAUGGCCAGCUAUCAAGUCAAUCUUCCAAAGUGUUUCCGCUAAGAGUGACGGUGAGCCAUGUUGUGACUGGGUUGGUCCAGCAGGUGCUGGUCACUUCGUUAAGAUGGUUCACAAUGGUAUUGAAUACGGUGAUAUGCAAUUGAUUUGUGAAGUUUACGAUAUUUUGAAGCGUGUUGGUAAAUUCGAAGAUAAGGAAAUUGGUGAAAUCUUCGAGAAGUGGAACAAAGGUGUUCUAGACUCUUUCUUGAUUGAAAUCACUACCGAUAUCUUGAAGAAGAACGAUAAGGAUGGUGUUCCAUUGGUCGAAAAGAUCUUAGAUACCGCUGGUCAAAAGGGUACCGGUAAGUGGACCGCAGUCAACGCCUUGGAUUUGGGUCAACCAGUUACCUUGAUCGGUGAAGCCGUUUUCUCUCGUUGUCUAUCUGCUAUCAAGCCUGAAAGAACUCGUGCUUCCAAGAUUUUGCCAGGUCCAGAAAUUCCAGACGGUGUUGUUAAGGACAAGAAGCAAUUUGUUGAUGACUUAGAACAAGCUCUUUAUGCUUCUAAGAUUAUCUCUUACGCUCAAGGUUUCAUGCUAAUCCGUGAAGCCGGUAAGGAAUACGGCUGGAAGUUGAACAACCCUGCCAUUGCUCUAAUGUGGAGAGGUGGUUGUAUCAUCAGAUCCGCCUUCUUGGGUGAAAUCACAAAGGCUUACAGACAAGAUCCAGAUUUGGAGAACUUGUUGUUCCACGACUUCUUCACUCAAGCCGUAACCAAGGCUCAAGGCGGCUGGAGAAGAAUUUUGGGUAUCUCUACUACCUAUGGUGUUCCAACUCCUGCCCUAGCCACUGCAUUGGCCUUCUACGACGGUUACAGAUCCGCUAGAUUGCCAGCUAACUUGUUGCAAGCUCAAAGAGACUACUUCGGUGCUCACACUUUCCAAGUCUUGCCUGAGUGUGCUAACGCUGAUUUCCCAGCAGGUCAAGACAUUCACUUCAACUGGACCGGUCAUGGUGGUAACAUCUCCUCCUCUUCUUACCAAGCUUAA